AUGGCUUCAUCAUCGUGUGUAACAACAGCGCAAUCGCACGAUAGUGAUACUGAUGUAUCGACGCAACCAAAUGACGUUGAUAUUGUACGUAUGAUUCAAUUGAGCGAAGGAAGACUGCCGUCAUCGAAAGAUAAAAAUUGUUGGGAUCUUCAUUCACAAGCCCAACUAGCGGUAAGUGAAGAUGUGAUUCAAAAACUUCGUCAUUCAAAUGAACAAAUGACGAUCAUCUUUGACGAGUUAUCGAUUUGGAAUCGUUUACCGUUGAGAUUUUGGCUGCGCAGUGCAGCUGCGUCAAUCUUCACGCAUGAACCACUUUACAGGCUUUGGGAUAAGAUCUGCAGUUGUACAGCCGAAGGAGUGAUCUCAAUCCUAAAAACAAUUUUAGUGAGUUUUCUGUGCGAAAUAGGACCGCGAAUUGCUGCCAAUCAAAAGACCAAAGAGAAGUGUCCAUCGGAAGUUAGGUUAACGGUUGAAAUGGAGAAUAUGAUCAUAACGCGAUCAAUCGAAACAGUCUCAGGAUCGGGUCGAUUAACAGCGAGGAAGUGUGAUUAG